AUGUCACGAACAUUUCUACUCUUCACACUCGCAAUCGUCUGUGCCGUUGACGCCCGAAUGAGGCGGCAAACGUCGUCGGAAGAAGAGGAAGAUGGACCCGGAACUAUGGCAGUGACCAACUGGGAUCCGACGAUUCGGGAUCGUUACGAUAGUUGUAACUCGAUUGCAACUUUUGCUCCUACUCCUGAGCAGUACUGCAAGGCUUUCGUUAUGUGCUGUUCAAUGCAGUUCGAUCCUAACAAUGGCGACAAGUGCCAGACGAACGAGCAACGGUGCAUUCCUCAGGAGGAUGGAAGUUAUGACGCCGUAUGUAUACAACGUAAUUGUACUGAGUUGGUCACCACCACUACCACUACGACAACGACGCCUGAACCGAUCGUAGUCGAGGAGCAAAUGAGCAGCUCUGGUAAUCUGCCUGGCGAUUAA